AUGGGAUCUGCGAAAAUUCAGUGCUCCCUAUGGAUCCUAUGGAAAAAAUCAAUCGAUGGUACCAACGAGUUUAUUGAGGUUGAUAAGGUCUUUCAUAGCAAUAUGACAUCAGUAUUUCAGGGCACAAUCGUGAAUGAAUCGCUGGAUACGAUGUUCGCGCAAAUGAAAACACAUAUCGAAAACCCUGCACUACCGAAAAGUGGCUUUAGUAUCGGUCGUAUUCAACACCUCGAUGUUGAUUUUCAUAAGCUGAAGUUAAGGUGGGGCUCCUCAUAUAUUGAAACACCCAAGUGGAUCGCUACUAAGAAAGCUAUAAUUAAUCCUAAUAACAACGAUCAAGAAUGCUUGCGAUGGGCCUUAAUAGCCGUCUUGCAUUAUGAGGAUAUAGCAAAAGAUCCUCAAAGAAUCAGCAAGCUCCGGCCAUAUGUGGAUCGAUAUAAAUGGCAAGGCAUUGAAUUUCCAACAUCCAUCAAAGAUAUCAUCAAAUUUAAAAGAAACAAUCCCGUCAUUGCCGUGAACGUCUUGUAUGCGACGGGAAGGAGCUUUAAUAUCUUGCGGCGAUCAAUAUUUAAUGAAGGAGAGAAGCAGGUUAAUCUGCUAUUGCUUACCGAUAAUAAGAAAAAUCAUUAUACAACCAUCAAAAAUAUUUCGAGAUUAUUGGGUAGCAAGAUAUCGAAGAAUCAUGGGAAAAUGCACUUUUGUAUGAGUUGCUUGCAGGGGUUCCAAACGAUAGAAUCUCGGGAUAACCACUAUAGCUACUGCAAAGACAACGAGGCGGUAAAGAUCACGAUGCCCAGCGACAAGAAAAAAUGUUUAUAUUACCAAGAUGGUCAGCAGCAAUUCAAAGUAUCCUUCGCAAUCUAUGCGGAUUUUGAAAGCCUACUGAUCCCUAUGAAAGAGAAUGCUCGGGACACUAAGACCAAGACGCUGAACAAACAUGAACCAUGCGGCUGGGCUACAUACAGUACCUUUGCUUAUGGAGAGGUCCCUGAUCCGCUAUACGAGUGCAGUGGUGAGGGAUGCGUACAACUCUUUAUCCAGCACCUGGAAGACGAGGUAAAAAGGCUUUACUCGCUGUUUUCCCAGAAGCCUAUGACGGAACUGACGGAGGAGCAGAAAUAUUCAUAUGAUGCUGCGGAGACCUGCCACAUCUGUAUGAAGCCGUUCAACGAUGAUCAGAAGAAUCGCAAAAUUCCCAAUCACGUACCUGUGAUAUUUCACAAUUUAAGUGGCUAUGACGCCCACUUGUUCAUUCGCGAGCUGGGCGAAAAAUAUGAUACUCAGGAUAUCGGUUGUAUCGCUGAAAACACCGAGAAGUAUAUAUCGUUCAAUGUUAAAAUCACCGUACCCAUUGCAGGCAUAGGAUAUGGCGAUGGUGAAUUUUACAAAAAGAUUGAAAUAAGAUUUAUAGACAGCUGUCGGUUUAUGGCAUCCUCAUUAGAAAAACUGGCAAGCAACAUCGUUGGUACCAACACUGAUGGUAUGAAAUGUCAGAGGUGCGCUGAUACAUGCUUGGAAUUUCUAAACAUCAACGAUGAGUAUGUGGCAAGCUUUUGGUGCAGCAAUUGUGAGUCGAAUACAACGAAGCAGUUAGACAAAGAGCGAGUGAAGUCCAAUACACCAGCCAUGAGUUACUACUUUAGCGAUGAUGAGUUAUUCCGGCUUAUGCUUAGGAAGGGAAUAUAUCCCUACGAGUAUAUGGAUAGUUAG